AUAGGAUAUGCAUUUUGCAAAGCCUUCAUCUUUUUGUAAAUUAGAAAUACAUACGAAUGGAAAAGUAGUUAUAAUUUAUGUUUUUUAAAAUUUGUUGCCAUCGAUUCUUGUGAAACCAUGAUAACCAUGAUAUUGAAAACUAGUGUAGAAUUUUGAAAUGAAAGUACAAAUUAUUUAAUUCGUGAAGAAUAUUGUGACGAGAAUUAGUGUGUAAACAAUGGUUGACUCGGUGUCAUCGGAGAAGGAAUACAAAGAAAAGCUGCUCCGUAUGGUUAAACGGGAGGUCAAACAGAUAAUGGAAGAGGCGGUCACUCGAAAGUUCGUUCACGAAGAGAGCAGUUCCAUAACAUCCCUGUGCGCUGCGGUUGAGGCCUGUCUUUCAUAUGGACUCAAACGCCGAGCACUCCCUGAGAAAUUCUGGUUGAGCUGCUGUCGUGAUGAGGUUUUUCACCGGCGCUCCUCAUCCAGCAGUGACAGCAUCAAUAAGAACCGAUUGUCCAAAACGGCGAAACAGCAGAGCUCUAGCAAACCGGUCAUCCGAUACCUAUGGAUCAGAAUCGCGUUGUUUGAGAAACAUUUGGUCGCUAUUGUCGACCAUUUGGUGCAAAAUAGUAACAAAUACUAUGAGAAAGACGCUCUUGUCACUGACCCGGUGUCCGGUCAGAUACUGGCCUCCCUUCUGGUGGGUCCCUGUGCUCUCGACUAUAGCAAAAUGAAAACACAGGACCACUUCUGGACUGAUCCGCCAGCAGAUGAACUCGUUCAGAGGCACCGACUGUCCGGCUCUUUACAGAACGGACCCUCGACUCCACCGACCGGUAGAAAACCAUUAGGACUUUAUUAUAAGAGAGGGGUCGAGGGCUCCAAAUCGUCGACCAGUGCUGACGAGAAGAGCCCUCCCGUGAACCGGUCAUCGCUCUCGUGGUCACCCCGUGAUUAUGUCGAGUCUUUGCACCAGAACUCCCGGUCCACUCUCUUGUACGGCAAGAAUAAUGUUAUGAUUCAACCGCGCGAGAAUAUGGAAGCAAUUCCUGGGUAUCUAUCACUCCAUUCAACACAUAUCGGGCUAAUAAUCAAAUGGACACCAAAUCAGUUAAUGAAUGGCUGUACUCCUAGUGUGGGAGAGAUUGCUUCAGAACCGGCUAAUAGUCAGGAUAAAAGCACAUUCUGGGAUUACGCACUGAGUCUGAACGUGGAUGAGAUCGUAUACCUCCACUGUCACCAACAGGAAGGCAGUGGAAGUAUAGUACUGGUGGGUCAGGACGGUGUGAUGCAACCGCCCAUUAAAUUUCCCAGAGGUGGGCACCUGUUGUCAUUCCUGUCGUGCUUAGAGAAUGGACUCAUGCCUUACGGCCAACUGGACCCACCUCUCUGGUCACAAAAAGGUAAAGGGAAAGUAUUCCCGAAACUAAGACGUAAGGGUCGCGGGUCUACACGUAAUCGAAAGCAAAGCGAUGUCAACAUUGAAGAAGAGGAAGAGGAGGAGCCGUCUGAUUAUGUCUUCAGAAUUAUCGCCACAUUCGAGAAGCCGGAGACUAUUCCGCAAGAGUUAUUUGAUCCAAACGCAACAAAAACAGGGUUUUAUUUGAAGAGACCCUUCAAUGGUAUCAAAAGACACCAAAACUCAUCUUCCAAUAAACAGUUGAAAUCAAAAAGCGAUGAAAACAGUACUAAAGAGUCAAACGAGUCGUUAAAUACUACGGAAAAUGCGGACACAAAAGAGGAUAAAGAAAGUGAGGAGAAGUCAAACAUAAAGCAAUUGUGUGACACAAUGAGGAGACAAAUCAUUUCGCGGGCAUUCUAUGGAUGGUUAGCCUAUUGCCGACACUUGAGGACUGUUAGGACACAUUUGGCUGAUUUGGUGAACACUAAGAUCAUUGGUUGCGACGACGACCCCACAGACGCAACGUGUGGUGUGAGUCCGCUGUUGUGGAAAUCGUUUAAAUCUUCAGACGGAAGGAUAACUGAUUCCAAUGAGAUCUAUAGACUUAUAUACUUCGGCGGAGUUCAGCACAGUUUGAGGAAAACUGUUUGGCCCUACCUUUUGGGUCACUACGCCUUCGAGAUGUCCGACGAUGAGAGGGCUGAACGCGACAAAGAGACGCAACACAUGUAUGAGAUGGUUAUGUCCGAGUGGUUGGCCGUUGAGGCCAUUGUCCGACAGCGAGACAAAGAGAUAAUGGCCGCCAAUUUGGCCAAAUUGUCUUCCGAGAGCACAAAUAGCGCUGAGAUUCCACUGACAGGUCCUAAGGAUCACAACUUCAGUAACGAAGUGUUUGAAGACAUCUCAGAAGGCGAUGAGUCGAAGCCGUCGAGUCGUAAGUCAUCGACACAGACCACGACAACAGAUGCCACCAACAAAGAUAACCAACCAUUGAGUGCUGCCCGCCGUCAACUGCAACGACACAAACCG